AUGUUGGUUGAGAAAUGUCCUGAUAAGUCAUAUGAACCCACUAAUUAUGAGAUUAAAGCCUACAAUAAGUGGGUCAAGGCUGAUGAGAGGGCAAGAUGUUACAUUCUUGCCUCUAUGGCAAAUAUGUUGCAGCAUCAACAUCAGUCCAUGAUUACUAUCUAUGAUAUGCUUGAAUCCGUCAAAGAGAUAUUCAGAGAGCAAAAUUGUGUUGCAAAGAAUACGUCCAUGAAAGCUUUUUUUACCACAAAAAUGGUUGAAGGAACUUCGGUAAUGGAAUAUGUUCUUAAAAUGCUGAGUCUAUUGAACGAUCUAGAAAUUCUUGGUGCGGUUAUUGAUAAGGAGUCUCAGGUUGAGAUAGUCCUACAGACUCUGCCAGACAGUUUUCCGCAGUUUUGCUUGAAUUAUAACAUGAAUAAGAUGGAUUUAUCUCUUACAAAACUGUUGAAUGAGCUGCAAGCGGCAGAAUCUAUCAUUAAGCAAUAA